CAAGAACAAAGCAAGUCUAUAGAAGAAGUAGAUAUAGAAGAACUCCAAUCAGAGGAAAUCCUUUGUAAUACUAUUGAUGCCAAAAAAAAUGAAGAAAUGAGUAAUCCUACAUCAAUAGAAAAUGACCAAAAUAGUCUAACUGAUGAAUUCAUCAAUGACACUAGCAAUGAAGCUUCUGUAAUAAAAAAUCCAACCUCAAUUCCACUUAUGGAAAUAGAAGAACCAAAAUCUCACAGCUCUUCA